AUGCAUUCUUCCUCCACAGACGGUCUCAACGAGGUCCCUUUCAGCCUUGAAGAUCCAGAUUACAAGGGGCUUGAGCUGGAUGUGAUGUCUCCAUGUGAGAAGCACGGCAUGGCAUCUGAGAGGCUUGUUGCGUUUGAAGGAACAGACACAGGCAGGCGGUUUUUAGCAUGUGCACAGCCGGCAGGUAGCAAUUGUGGCUUUGUUGAAUGGGUUGAUCACCAGUGGCCCCCAACAAUGCAAACAAUGCAGAAUGCAUUGUUGAAUCUAUGGGCAAUGGUUGAAGAUGCCAAAACUGCUAGGGUGAAUGACAAUCUUGAAAGUUCUUUCACUAUCCACCAUCUGACAGAAGAGAAGAACAAGCUGGAUGCCAACUAUGACAAGCUAGUCCAAGAUGUGCAUGAGCUGAUGAACUUCCAGGAAGAUAAGGAGGUAAGAAAAGAACUGAUUGAUGAUGUGAAGGCACAGAUGGCAAGUGAGAUGGCAAAGAAAGAUGAAGAGACCCAGAAACUUACUCUCAAGUAUGAGCUGCUGCUCAACCUGACAAGAGCUCAAGCAACAGUCAUUCAGAACUUGAAGCUGAACAAAAUGAAAGAGAAGCAAGUGCUUACUGAAGCUAGUAUGAAUUUGGAGCUGAAGAAUGCAGAGCUAACAAAGUGUCAAGAGAAGCUCACCCAAGAGAAGCUAGAGUUGAAGCUUCAGGUUGCUGAUCUGCUUAAGGGAAAUGAAAAGCAUAUUGAAGAGAAGUGGCAGUUAGAGUUUCAGAAUGAAAAGUUGAAGGAGAAGUUCAGGGGGAUUCAGGCCAUCUUGGAGAAGUGA